AUGUUUUCUUCGAGAGUGUGGCCGCGUGUGUCGGCGCCGUCGUUUAUCAUGGUGCAUUAUGUCUAUAUCGUGGUACUGGGCCUCGUCGGAAUGGUGAUGAUAUACCCACAGAAGAAUAUCAGUGCGAUCGAUGCCUUGUUCCAGGGUAUGGCAGCUGCCACGAUGACGGGACUGAACACGGUCGAUUUCAAAGGGUUGUCUAUCUUCCAGCAACUGGUGCUUUAUAUCAGCCCUGUACUGGGGAAUAUCUGCUUCAUCAACUUCAUUGUCGUCCUGGUACGAUUAUACUGGUUUGAGUCCAAAUUCAAAGAAAUCGUGCGGUUCUCUCGUCUACCAUCUGCAGAGCGGACUCAUCGUGUUGAGCAUGGUCUAAAAACCCAUAAAACAAUUGGCUUAGCUACGGCUAUAGAAGAACCGACUGUUCUACUACCUGAGCCGGUAGAAGCCAAAGAAGCAGAAGGCCUGAAGCAUCGAAAUUCUCAUAUUCCGGAUGAAGUUCUGGAUGAAAAGGAACAGGAUGGCUCUAAACCGACAGUUGUUGAAAAACAGCUACCAAUUACCGGGCCGGGACACGUUUCUUUCUCGACAGAUACCUUUAAACCAAGGGAGAAGGCACUGAGAAUUCCUGGUCCAAGAGAGUUUGAAGCCGGCCAUAGAGCUCAUGAGGUCGAUGAAGAAGCUGACGGAGAUGAACUCACCAAAGCAACAUCCAUCGAUCCGUCGCUUGUAGGCGCCACGAGUGUACGUGACAGAGGAAAGCUAGAGAGAAUCCUAUCCCAUGCAGCAUCCGUGGAACAAGCUGCUUCAUCGGCUUUCGUUCUGGGCAGUGCAUCUCGUCCUAGGUCUCGCUCUCGAUCGGUUUCCCGUUCCCUACGGCCUCUCAGCAGAACUGGUUCGCGAGGAUCCCAAGCGCCGUAUCUAUCUUAUACGCCUACCAUAGGCCGGAAUUCCCAGUUUCUGAACCUAACUGAAGAACAGAGGAUUGAACUCGGUGGUAUCGAAUACCGAAGUUUGAAACUGCUAGCUAAGAUAGUUGGCGGCUAUUACUUUGGAUUCCUACUGCUUGGUUCUGUUCUCCUCAUAAUUUGGGCUUAUACCGCGGAUCCAAGUCACCGGAAGUACCUUUUAGAGAACGGAAUACAUCCAGUCUGGUGGGCCUUUUAUUCCUGCAUGACAACGUAUAACAACCUAGGCUUCGCGCUCACCCCAGAUUCCAUGGUCAACUUUCGCUCUAGCACAUUCCCCAUGCUCUUCAUGACCUUUCUCAUCAUCGCCGGCAACACUGCUUACCCAUGCAUGCUCCGGCUUAUCAUAUGGUGCAUGUUCCGCAUUUCUCCCAAAACUUCAGCUAUCCGUGAGCCGUUGAAUUUCCUUCUGGACCAUCCCAGACGAUGUUACACGCUUUUAUUUCCCAGCCGGGCGACAUGGAUGCUGUUGGGAACACUCGUGCUACUUAACGGUCUCGAUAUCAUGCUCUUUAUGAUUCUAGACCUCAAGAACCCGGAAGUCACCGCGAUAGAUACGACGUGGCAUCGAUUAUGCGCAGCGGCUUUUCAGUCUACUGCAUCAAGAACGGCUGGAGCUACGACAUUUGCUUUGUCGAAGAUUCAUCCUGCUGUACAAUUUAGUUUGAUGGUGAUGAUGUAUAUCUCCGUAUUCCCGGUAGCCAUCAGUAUGAGAAAUACAAACACAUAUGAAGAGUCAUCUCUCGGUUUGUACGAGUCUGAAGAAGAGGUUGACGAAAACACGAAUUCCUCGUCUUAUCUUGGCCAGCAUAUCAAGAAACAACUUGCUUUUGACCUAUGGUACAUCUUCCUAGGCGUUUUCCUCAUAACCAUAGCGGAGGGUGAUAAAAUUGCGGACCUGACUGAUCCAGCCUUCCAAGUCUUCGCCAUCUUUUUCGAAGUAGUUUCUGCGUACGGAAAUGUUGGUCUUUCCCUAGGUCAUCCGACUAUUAACGCUGGCCUGUCCGGUAAAUUCACUAUUGUUAGCAAGCUAGUGAUGUGUGCGAUGAUGGUACGUGGUCGCCAUCGUGGACUACCAUAUGAGCUUGACCGGGCGAUUGUUUUACCCGGUGAACGGCACAGGAGAGAAGAGCAGUCCCGAGCAGGAAGUCAAGUUGUGUCAAAUAAUUAG